CGCAUAUACAGCUGCAUAGCGGCAAGUCGCAUACGAGCCAAUGCGUCCUGCGGCUGCACUCUGUCUCCCUCAGAUGUCUACGGUUUUCCUUCAUGAAUGACGAUUAGAGCCUUUCCCGCCGACCCCUUUCGCGACCAAUCGCGUCCCUCCACCCCAUUACUCCGCCUGAAGUCCCUCGAGGACUAGUACUCUAAACGACCCUUUCCCUCGGCGGGCGUUCGCUCUCAACACCGCUGUUUUGUCGGGCUAUCUCCCCGGCGGGAACCGCGGCACCGCGGGCCUCGCGCCUUCGGUAUCCUCAAAGAUGGCGUCAGGCACGGGAGGAGGAGGCCUCUUUGGCCGGAGUAACUCGGGCAAUGUCCCGACCAUGCGAGGCCUGGUCUCCUUCAUCGCUGACCUGCGAAACGCCCGGGCUCGAGAGCUGGAGGAGAAGAGGAUAAACAAGGAAUUGGCAAACAUACGGCAAAAGUUUAGAGAUGGCGGCCUCAACGGCUACCAGAAGAAGAAAUACGUCUGCAAGCUCCUGUACAUAUACAUUCUCGGCUGGAACGUCGAUUUCGGACACCUCGAAGCGGUAAACCUCAUCUCGGCCACCAAAUACUCGGAAAAGCAAAUCGGAUAUCUCGCGGUUACCCUAUUCUUACACGAAGAACAUGAACUUUUACAUCUGGUUGUCAACAGCAUACGGAAGGAUCUGUUAGACCACAACGAGCUGAAUAAUUGCCUAGCAUUGCACGCGAUUGCCAAUGUGGGCGGAAAAGAGAUGGGAGAGGCGCUCAGCUCCGACGUACAUCGGCUCUUGAUCUCUCCUGCCUCGAAAGCAUUCGUGAAGAAGAAGGCGGCGCUUACCCUCCUACGGCUAUACCGGAAAUACCCCAGCAUUGUACAGAACGAGUGGGCGGAACGGAUAAUAUCGCUAAUGGACGAUCCGGACAUGGGCGUCGCGCUCUCCGUCACCUCGUUAGUCAUGGCUCUGGUCCAGGAUAACCAGGAACAGUACAAGGGAAGCUACGUGAAGGCGGCCAACAGGCUCAAGAGGAUUGUCGUGGACAACGAAUGCGCCGAGGGCUACUAUUACUACAAGGUGCCAUGUCCCUGGAUUCAGGUGAAGCUCAUAAGACUACUGCAGUAUUACCCGCCUCCCGAGGACUCGCAUAUCCGGAAGCUCAUUCGCGAAGCACUGCAGAAGAUCAUGGACUCCGCGCUUGAAAUGCCCAAGAACGUACAACAGAACAACGCUCAGAACGCGGUCCUCUUCGAAGCAAUCAACCUUGUAAUACAUCUGGAUACGGAGCAGGAUCUGAUGGUCCAAAUAUCGACGCGGCUAGGCAAGUUCAUCGCAUCCCGGGAGACGAACGUGCGUUAUCUGGGCUUGGAAGCAAUGACGCAUCUAGCGGCGCGAGCAGAGACGCUCGAUCCGAUCAAGAAGCACCAGUCAAUCAUCAUCGGCUCGUUAAAAGACAGGGACAUCAGCGUUAGGAGACAAGGACUGGAUCUACUAUACAGCAUGUGCGAUCCGACGAAUGCCCAAGCGGUUGUCCAGGAGCUCCUGCGGUAUCUCCAAUCGGCUGACUAUGCGAUAAGAGAAGAAAUGGUGCUCAAGAUUGCGAUUCUGACCGAAAAGUACGCCACCGAUGUCCAGUGGUAUGUCGACAUAUCACUGCGUCUGAUCGCGAUGGCGGGUGAUCAUGUCAGCGACGAAGUGUGGCAGCGUGUCAUCCAGAUCGUAACGAACAACGAGGAGUUGCAGAUAUACGCCGCCCAGAACAUUCUGCAAUAUGUCAAAUCGGACUGCCACGAGACGCUAGUGAAGAUUGGGGCAUACCUGCUAGGAGAAUUUGGCCAUCUGAUCGCCGACACCAAGGGAUGCAGUCCGAUCGAGCAGUUUUUGGCACUCAACGCAAAGAUGCGAGGCUGCUCGUCUAGCACAAGAGCGAUACUACUAUCGAGUUUUGUCAAGUUCGUAAACUUGUUCCCUGAGAUCAAACCGCAACUGCUGCAAGUCUUCCGCGCAUACAGCCAUUCGCUCGAUUCGGAACUUCAACAACGAGCAUGCGAAUACCUCGCGCUUGCCACUAUGCCGACCGACGAUUUGCUACGGACCGUAUGCGACGAAAUGCCGCCUUUCCCUGAGCGGACAUCCGCUUUGCUCUCUCGACUACACCAAAAGCAUGCCACGACAAGCGACAAGCGUACAUGGGUUGUCGGGGGUAAGGAUGCGAAUGCCGAUCCCAAAGAAUUCAGUCUGGUGCGUUCGAAUACCGGAUUGAAGCGAAGCUUCACAGAGCCCGUGCGAAAAGACCGUACUCCAGGUGCUGCUAAUGGAACGAAUGGAGUGAACACCCUCUCGAGCGAUCUUGCGGGGCUUGACAUGAACAUUGAUACCAACAAGGUCCUGAAGGCUCCGAACCUUGCCAGCGCUGCGCAUCUGAGUCCGGACUGGGAAAUCGGAUACAAUCGCCUCUUACUACGUGCAGAGGGUGUGCUCUACGAGGACGCGCAGAUUCAAAUUGGGUUGCGAACAGAAUAUCGUGGGCAGCUCGGUUGUCUUAUCUUCUACUUCACCAACAGGUCAUCAUUCCCAAUGGGCUCCUUUACGACAACGCUCGACAACAGAUCCGCGGAACAGCUCAAGACGGAUAUCAAGGGUCUACCAGAUACCACCAUUGCGCCUGACGGCCAAACUCAGCAGACGAUCAUGUUCGAAGCCAAGAACGUCUUCGCCAAUCCACCUACCAUUCGUGUUUCCUACCUCGCAGGCGCCCUGCAAGGGCUGACACUCCAACUUCCUGUCUACCUGCACAAAUACAUGGACCCUGCCGAGCUCAGCGCCGAGGACUUCUUCAAGCGGUGGAAGCAGAUUGGAGGUGCGCCACGCGAAGCUCAGCGGAUAUUCGGCCUGCGGAACAAGAAUUACACGAUGAAUAUGGGAUUUGUGAGGAAAGUCGUGCAAGGCUUCCGAUGGGGUAUUCUCGAUGGUGUGGACCCGAAUGCGAAGAACAUUGUUGGCGCGACGGUGCUGCACACGACUGAAGGGAAGUUCGGGUGUCUGCUGAGGUUGGAGCCAAAUUUUGAUACCCACAUGUACCGCAUCACCAUUCGCGCCACUGAUGAAGCCGUUCCGCCCAUCCUCAUCAAAGCCAUGGAGGAGCGACUCGCCCAGGGUGUUGAAGGCUUAAGCUGAGCCACGCAGACGAUCCAUGGAGGACUAUUCUUAUCACACCGUACAGUUGGGCAGGCCUUCGUGCAGUCUUGAGGGACGCUUUUUGUAGGUAAUGUUUAUCUGGGGCGGUGAAUGGAGGAACACAGACGCUUAUGAAUUGACAUUUGUGGUUUGGUUGCAUUUGUGUGGAGCGAUGAAAAGGGACAUACCCAUAGCUACGCAGGGACAGAUAUCGGAGCGUUCUAGUUGAGAAUACAUCGCUGUGUUGUGGAUAUCGCAAACACCC